AGGGGAUUGACAGUUGGUUAGCUCAGUUUGACCGGCAAUGCGCACCGCACUGGCUCAAAGCGAUGGACAGCAGAUGAGAAGAUGAGAGGAGGUCGGCAUGCUCGCUGGGCAGUGCGGCGCGUGACAUUGCUCCUCGUCUUCUGUGCUUGGUUGCAGGCCGAUGUCGGUUGGCAGGAUGGAGACGCCCAGGGGCCGCGCCGAGAUCAUGACGACCGGGAGUGGGGCUUCAGCCGAGGUCACGCACUGGAAGGCAGCCCGGAGGAGGUGUUGCAAGAAAGUGCCCUCAAAGCCUUUGACAAGGAGCUGCCGCAUUGGCUGCACAAAUUCUCCAAGCACCUGGCAGAGCCUUUGACCUCUCGGCUGCCAGACCUCCAUGUCUCCUCGAAUUCUUUGGCGACUACGCGGAGGGACUUGAUGAAUGGACAUGGACGAGUGGUGCUGGUACAGGAUGAGCCCACACCCCACCGGAAGCUGCGGGAUAUGCAGCACGAGGUGUGCCACGUUCUGGGCUUUGCCUUACAGGAUAGUCAUCAUGAAUCUUCGGGUCGCUGGGAAGACCGGCCUCUAGAUCUUCCGCUGUGCCCAGAGCUUUGGAUCGAUGAGGGUUGGCCGCCCACGAGGGUGCUGCCCACCGUGCAAGGUCGUGCCAUGCCAGUGUGGUCGGUAACCGCAGGGCAUGAGCGUGCAAUUAUGGUCCUUCAAGAUAGGCUCUUGCAGACCUUCCCAGACAAGCAGAUCAAGGCGCUGCUCGGGUACGAGCUGGGGCGCAUGGCCUUCGCACUGCUGAGCCCUGGGAUGUUCAAGGCCUGGGCCGACCGCCUUUCGAAGGUCUUUCUGGGAGGUCAAGUCCUGCAGGGCGUCCAAGGCGCUAUGGGAUCUCCGCAGAAGCGCCUCUUCGGCCUGUUGGGACAGUCGCCGAGGCGCUCCUUGUUUGGCCUGGACGCUCUUGGGCACUCACGACCCAGCUCACUCGGGACCAUCAACCUCAGCCUGUUUGGCCGAAAUCAAGGUCAUCAGUCGCAUGACGCUCCACCGCUUCAUGCCAAUGGCAUUGUCCGGCCUGUCAUGGAAUUCCUGGCCCUGGACAUGUUUUUGAAGGCCUCGGCACCUCGCGUUCUGAGGCCCAUCAUGUGGCUGGGAGUGUUCCUCCGUGGCGGACCUGAAGCUUUGCUGGGCUCCAUGCGAAACCAGCUGGAAACCAUGGCGCCAGGUGUAAACCUACCUGGGCACCGGCGAAAAAACCCGCUGGCACCGCUCUUCCAGUUGCUUGCGCCAUGGAUGAAGUUGAUCGCCCAGCUCGCGGCACUUCAGAGCGCAGGGGCAUUGUUGGCCACCUGCGGUCGCUCCGAAGUGAUCACAGGGGAUCGAGCUGCUGCACUGGCGGCUGGCAACGCGGAAGACGCUGCUGCGGCGAUCAUGAGGGUCUUUGGCCAGAUGCCUCUUGAGUCUGCAGAGGGUGACGAAUUGGAGGCGCUGCUCCGCGAGGCGGCGGACAGCGCCCAGCGCCAGCAGUGGGCUCUGCGCCGCGAGGCCAUGAUCUCUCGCUGGACCCGGCCUGCACCUGAGGAGCGGGUGCGUGCGCUGCUGCAGUGGAGCGAAACCAGCCGCGGACAGCACUUGUUGGCCCUGGCGGAGGUUCGCCGGGAAGCGUUUGCAUCAUCCAGGAGCUGGUUCUAUUGGCUACCUGCGGGGACCUAUUCAAUGUCCUCAGAGUGGUGGCUACACCUUGCAGGCCAUUCUGCCCUUGUGGCGAUGGUGACUCUGCCCUUCUUCUCCCGCAUGGACCUAGUCCGAUGGGCGUCCAUGUGUACGCUUGGAGUGACCGUCUUUGGAGUUCUGGCUCCUUUGCUGCUGCGAGGCGCUGGCCUGGGGGUGGUGGAGUCGGCAGUGACAGCCGCUUUGCUGGCCGCAUAUUCCUCCUGCGCAUGGCUGGUUUGGUGGAACCACUUGCUGGGCGGCUCUAGGCGUUGGGCGGAGCUCAGCUCGCGGCUCACCAGUCAGCUGGCGGACCAGGCGGAUGUCACCGCAGGCAUCGCCUACCUCACCCGGGACUGGGCCGAGAUGGCACGACGGUCCCAUGCUGCCCUGGACCAGGAGUUCUGCGGCAGUUGGCGGACCAGCCUACAAGAGCUGGCAUCCAAGUUGACGGACAUUUGGACGGAUAUCAGAAACGCAUCAACUGGGUGCACCGCACAGCCGCAGAUUGCUGUGGAGAGAUCCAAAUCUGUGCAUCUGCCUGGUGCAGCCACCUUCGAUUUGGACAGCUGCUUCGAUCUCUAUGAGCACAGGGCUCCGGAGAACAAGGCAUUCAACAGGUCAGACUCAGCACCACUUGCAGGACGAGCCUCACUGGCACUUCAGCUGUGGUUCAAGGUUGACAGAGCCGUGCAACGUGCGCUGCACGUCGAGGUGGAGCGAAUGACCAAGGCGCGGGACAUGGACGAUCCCAAAGCCCUGCAGGCCAUGAUGAACUGGUGGUCCGCUGACAACCGAGAUGUCGCCGGCGCCGCAGCGGCUGCAGCCAGCAACUGCCAAAGCCUUUUUAGACAGGAGGGCGGAGAAGAGGCUGAGACCUUGGGCGCUUUGCUGCUGUCCGAGCGACUGCAGCAACGCUUCCAGUACAAAUCCUUCAACUUCGGCGAUGAGAUGCAGAGCCCCACAAAUGAUCAGGCCGCUGGCAUCGAAGAGUUCGAACGGCUGGAGCAAGCCCUGUCCGCCAACUUCGACUCCCUUCAGGAGCUGCGGCAACGCUUAGCGCCCAUGGCAAACUCUGCCGGCACGCUGCACUGCCCUCGCCGGCAGGACUUUGCGAAUGCAGCCAGGGAGUUGCGCAAGAUACUCCGACGUUUGUCCGGCGGGGUGGCUGAGACCGCCUCACGCGGCAUCCUGGCCUUGCAAGGCGAAGAUUUCAAGCGGAAGGGGGAUGUGGUCCUGGAGGAUAGCCCAGAGGACCGCGCAGCUGAGAUGCGCAUCAUCCUGUGUCUAGCUGCUGCAGCGCUGGCAGGUGCUGCUGCAAUUCCAUAUGCAGUGCUGCACGCUACGUGGCUUUGGGCUGCAUGUGCGUUUGGCUUCGCGCUGGCGAACUUGGUCCUGCUGCUGAACUACCAGCGGCUGUCGCUUCCGCAUGUCCACCGACGCUUCGAGCGGCAACUUGGCCAGCUGUCCUCGCGACGGGAGGAGAUUCUCCUGGAAAUCCGGGAUUUGCAGCGGUCCUCCCAGAAAGCUGGGGCUGCCCAUGCACGUGCCUGCAUCUGCUUGCAGAGCGUCAAUGUCUUGCGGAACAUUAACUAUGUGCUCCUUUGCAUCAAGACAGAGUCGCAGAGGGCCGCGGCGGCCAGUUCCAGCUUCGGGGCAUCGCAGGAUGUGGUCAUCCUGGGCGGCUUGCGCCUGCUCCUGGCGCUGCUACCCCGCUGCGAGAAGAGAUGGGAGGCGGACAUUUUAGAGGAUGAGGACUGCGGCACUGCCCUCGCGACAUUGGCCAAUGGCCAUGCCCCGCCGGGGAGGCUGCAGCAGCUUGUGGCCGACAGUCAGAAGCGAUUAUGGAUUCUGCUUCGAAUGGUGCACUUGUCCUCGGUUCUACCAAUCGAGGCUCAGGGCCAGCUGGGCUCUUUGGUCCAGAGAUACGCGAGGCCCAUCCUGAUUGAAGGAAGAGUGCCUUUGCAGCAGCAAACCUUGGAGAUGCAGAAAGAGAGCGAUCACCAGGUUACUCUGCAGAAGGCCGCGGGCAAUGGAAAAGGACACGUACUGGCGCUGGAGAACUCUACGCGUGCCGCGGAGGGAAUCAACCGAGCGCCCAGUGAGGGCAAGACAGGUUCGGUUUGUGGGUCAUCCACUGCCAGAAGCAGCUCCAGCAGAAGAGGUGGCAAGGAUACACUCAAGAAGUUGAGGGCGACCCGAAAGGACUGCUUGCGAAUCCUUCAGCGCCUGCGCCCAGAGGCCUUGCUGGCGCGGUGUGACGAGGAAGCCUCGAACAUGCUCCGCGACAUUUUCUCCUCCGUCAUCCUGCUGAUUCCGCCCAGCAACACCUCAAGGAGCUGGUCCUUCCGGACCCGCGCCUCAGGACCUCCGCGGGUCGCCAUUGCCUUGGGCUACCGCCACGGCGAGCAGGUGUACACCAUGGAUACGCUCCGCACCAACAUACUGCUCCGUUUGGCGACUACCAAAGGUGAUUCCGAAGCGCGAAGUGGCAGCAUUGACGAGCUGAGGAAUCGCGGACCCAGUGGCGCCGGCAGUGCCGAGGAGAUCGAGAUCCCUCUGACUGCAAUUCUAGAUGACUUGCCGAGCGAGGAGGAUGCGGAGGCUUUGUGGCAGGCCAUGGCACAGGCCAACCCAGGCUGGUUCGGAGGCUAUGCGCUGCAGGAGAGGAAGCACUCACUGCGCCGUGCCUCGGUGAUGGCGCGGGCGAUGAAAAAGGCGCAGGUCCGCUACAAUGAUGAGUAUUGAGCCAGGAUCUUUCCCGUUGAGGCUUCCAGCUGCUUGGAAAAGUUUGGGCUGGAGCUGCGACUGGCCCACAAAAUGAUCUCCUUUGCUGCUGCAAAGUGGUAGAUGCUCAGCGAGAGUGUCCCAGGGCCAGGUGAGUUGUUGCUCACGGCUUCCAUUCCCUGGCCGGCAUUUUUUAGAGCCUGCAUGAGGGAGGAGUCAGUGCCAACAUCCAGGCCGCACUAAUUUUUGGUC